AAACAAGAAGAAGAAGAAAGAAAUAGAUUCUCUCUCUCUCUAUGGAAUCGGAGACAGACUUUCCUUCCAUUAACUUGUUUCCUUUCUAUCUCUCUCUCUUGACUCUCAAACAAACAACACAGAAAACUAAAAUAAGAAAAUGUCUGAACCAGAAGAAGAAGAAAACCAGACGACUUUCAUACCAAAAUCAUCUACCGACAAAUCAUCAGUCGAUAAAGAUUCAUUAAUGGAUCUUGAUCUUGAUUUUGAUUCAUCUUCGUGGCCUUUUGAUCAAACCUCAUUUUGUCCUCGUCCUUCUUCUCCUUUUUUUCUUUCUAUUUUCUCUUCUACUUCUUCACAAAAUCAAAAUCAACAGCCGCAGCUUCCUCUUGUGAAUGUUUCCUCUGUAGAACAACAACAACCUUCUUCUCCCCUAUGGGUUUUUUCUGAUGGUGAUGAUGAUAAAUUUGGUAGUGCUUUAAAUGGAUUUUCAUCUCUUGCGACUUCUGGUGCUAGUAUUCGCAUCUCUGAUUAUCCUAAACUUAUUUCCCGUAUUCCUGAAUCUAUGACUGUCAGAACUGAGGAUGAAAAAGUGUGUCUUCCACCAACUAGAGUGGUGCCAGCAGAGAGUCAAGAUUUAUCUUGUGUGAUCAAAGAGAGGAUAACACAAGCACUUCGAUACUUCAAGGAAUCAACAGAGCAAACUGUUCUGGCUCAAGUUUGGGCACCCAUAAAAAAUGGGGACCGAUACGUACUUACAACUUCUGGUCAACCUUUUGUUCUUGAUCCACACAGCAAUGGUCUUCUUAAUUACAGAACAGUUUCUCUCAUGUAUAUGUUUUCCGUGGAUGAAGAGAAUGACGGUAACAUGGGUCUUCCUGGCCGUGUUUUCCGGCAAAAAUUGCCUGAAUGGACUCCAAAUGUGCAAUAUUACAGCAAGAACGAGUAUCCACGGCUUAUUCAUGCUUUGAAUUAUAAUGUCCGGGGGACACUAGCUCUGCCAGUUUUUGAACCUUCUGGCCAGUCUUGUGUUGCUGUGAUUGAACUCAUACUGACAUCUCAGAAGGUUAAUUAUGCUCCUGAGGUUGAUAAAGUCUGUAAAGCUCUUGAGGUACUUUCAGUUUACGUGCAGGCAGUAAACCUGAAAAGUUCUGACAUUCUGGACAAUCCUAAUUUGCAGAUAUGCAAUGAAGGUCGGCAGCUUGCACUUGCUGAAAUUUUAGAGAUAUUAAAUGUGGUAUGUGAAGCACAUAAGUUGCCUUUGGCUCAGACUUGGGUCCCUUGUAGACAUCGCAGUGUUCUAGCAGAUGGUGGUGGUGUGAAGAAGAGUUGUUCAAGCUUUGAUGGAAGCUGUGUAGGGCAAGUCUGCAUGUCGACAACUGAUGUAGCGUUUUAUGUUGUGGAUGCUCAUAUGUGGGGUUUUAGAGAUGCUUGUGCCGAGCAUCACUUGCAGAAAGGGCAAGGGGUGGCUGGAAGAGCGUUUGCAUCCCAUAGUUCAUGUUUCUCUCGUGAUAUUACUCAGUUUAGUAAAACUGAAUACCCUUUGGUACAUUAUUCUCUAAUGUUUGGGUUAAUGAGCUGUUAUGCUAUUUGCUUACGCAGUAGUCACACUGGUAGUGAUGAUUAUAUUUUAGAGUUCUUUCUUCCACCUAGCAUCACAGAUGAUGGUGAACAACAGGAUUUGUUGUCUUCCAUCAUGACCUCUAUGAAGGAACAUUUUAGGAGUCUGAGGGUUGCUACUGAACAUGAUGUGGAAGACGAGAAAAGAUUUAUUGAAAUCGUUGAACCUGUAAUAGGAGAGAAAGGUGUUCUGAAUUCUGAAGUCUUUUGUGGAAUAUCUCCCCGAGGCCCUGAUAGCUUACCAAAUGGUUUGUCCAAGAGGAAGCUCAUGGCUCCGUAUGAUGGUCUAAGUAAUGGGGAGAAUUGCACUGGUGUUGAUGGUAGCAAUGCUAGUGUGUCUGUCCCCGGAAACAAAGGAACAAAGAAACCAACAGAGAGAAGGCGCGGAAAAACUGAGAAGUCUAUUAGUUUAGAAGUUCUGCAACAAUACUUUGCUGGGAGUCUCAAAGAUGCUGCGAAGAGCCUUGGAGUUUGCCCAACAACGAUGAAACGCAUAUGUAGGCAGCAUGGAAUAUCGAGGUGGCCAUCACGCAAAAUUAACAAAGUUAAUCGCUCUCUCUCUAAGCUGAAGCGUGUGAUUGAAUCUGUUGAAGGUGGUGAAGGAACAUUUAACCUGACAUCUCUUUCAACAAGUACUCCUCUUUCUGUUGCAGUUGGUUCAAUUUCUUGGCCUGUCAGCUUAGAGGGACCUAAAGAACAACAAUCAGAAUUCCAAGGGUCGAAAGAGAAUCAAUCACCAACACAAAUGACACUGCAAAGUACUUUCCGUGGUGAGUCAGGGAACCGAGGAGUAUUGUUAUCUCACCAAGAAAUUAAUCAUGAACAAAAUGGAUCCCAUUCAAAGUUCCGUAAGGGCCCAAAUGGGUCGAAAUCAAGAAGUGGUUCGGCAGAUGGCAGCACAGGAAACCCUGCUUCUCAUGGUUCAAGCCAAAGUAGUCCUGCAAAUGAAAUCCCUCCACUGAACGAUUUUCUAGUCCAUUCCAACCAAGAGCAAGGUCUAAAUAUCGGCAAUUCCCUGAAUGUUGUUUUCCCUCAGAAUGGGGAGCUAAAUCUAACUGCUGCCUUUUCGAUACCGGAUGCGCUAGUUGCAACACAACAACAAUUACCACAACCAUUGGGAGGAAUGUUAGUCGAAGAUGCAGGAAGCUCAAAAGAUUUGAGUAACCUCUGUAGUUUAGCUGUUGAGGUGGAGAGUGGUUUAGAUGAUCAAGUUCCUGAUUCUUCUUGGAUGAACCCUCCAGUUCUUGAUCAAACCACAUAUCAAGAAAUGGCUCCUACGCGCACGAUGCCCCAUAUAACAGCUACCCAGGACGUGCGAACAAUAACUAUUAAGGCUACUUAUAGAGAUGAUAUUAUUAGAUUUCGUCUCUUGUUAACGUCUAGUUUGAUCGAAUUAAAGGAGGAAGUAGCGAAGAGAUUGAAAUUGGAGGUGGGCACAUUUGAGAUCAAGUAUUUGGAUGAUGAUCAAGAGUGGGUUGUAUUAGCUUGUGAUGCUGACUUGCAAGAAUGUUUAGAAAUCUCAAGAUCAUCAGGAAAGCACAUGAUAAGAUUGCUUGUUCAUGACAUGAUUGCCAACCUAGGAAGUUCAUGUGAGAGCUCUGGCGAAUGAAAGAGGAAGCAAACUGUAAAGUAGCAAGGUAUAGUUUGUAGUGCUUUUGUAAUAUCAUUCUUGUUAGUAUUAGAUACUUGGCAGGUAAAUUGUAGAUUUUUGGUUUUGAGAGCCCGCGUCAUGUUGUAAAAUAUCCACUCUGGGUUUUAGAUGGAUUUGUGACUUGUCUCUCUAUAUGCUAAAUUUGCUUAUUAGUUGAAACUACUAUUUUGCUUUAACUGUA